AUGGCUGAAAAUCGAUAUCUUGCUGAUUAUGCCAAAUUAGGAACAAGUUCAUGUAAAAAAUGUAAACAAAAAAUUGAAAAGGGUGGAUUACGUCUCGCCAAAGUUGUAAAAAAUCCGUUUACAGAUGAAGGUGGUGAAAUGAAACAAUAUUUUCAUACUAAUUGUAUGUUUGACACAUUGAUGAAUGCUCGAGCAACAACACAAGUUAUUGAAAGUACAACAGAUAUUGACGGAUGGUCAGGAUUACAACCAGCAGAUAAAGAACAGAUUCUAGAACAAAUAAAACGCUUAGAAGAAGUAAGAGGAAAAAAAAAAGAUAAAUCAUUAACACAACCACCAUCAAAGAAAAUCAUUCAAAAAAUAUUACCAGUGCCAUCAGUUUCUCCCACAAAAAAGAAACAAACAUUAAUGCCAGUAGUCACCAGUACAACAACGAACGAGGAUGAUGAUGGUGAUAGCGAAGAUACAAUAGAUGAUGAUGAUGAAAAUAUAAAUGUUUCAGAAGACGAAAAUGAUGGGAGUAUCACUAGUGACGAUCCGACGCAUCCUGAUAAUUCAUUUCGUUCAUAUCGUAACUUAUGUAUGAAAAUAGCCGAAGUUGAUGGUCAUAAAGCAAAAACAGAAGUAAUCCGACAAUUUAUUACUUAUGGUACGGAUGAUGACAGUUAUAAAGGUAAUUUGUCAAUAUUAUAUCAUCUACUGUUACCAGCAAAAGGCUAUAAAUCGUCAAUAUUUAAUUUAAAAUCACGUCAAUUAUGUAAAUUAUUUUCAACAAUAUUUCAAGUUGAGCAAAGUGAAAUGUUAACUCAUUGUGAAGAAGGUGGAGAUAUUGCUGAUACUGUGGCAGAAUUUUAUGAACAAAGUCCGGCUAUGGAUCCCCCAUCAAAAUCGACGUUAUCGAUUUAUGACAUUGAUAAUUAUUUGUUAAAAUUAUCAAAACUGACCAAAGAAAAUGAUCAGGAACGUCUAUUACAUGAAAUAACAAUAAAAUGCACAUCAAAUGAUUUAAAAAUGUUUAUUCGUCUCACACAAAAAGAUUUGAAAAUCAAUGCUGGUCCAAAACAAAUUCUCGAUGCAUUAGAUAUCAACGCUUAUGAUGCUUAUCAACAUUCGAAUAAUUUGAAAACAUUUGUAGAUCGAUAUUUACAACAUAAAUCAUCGGGAUCACCUACAAAACUAAGUUUAGCUAAAGCAUUUAGCGUUCAAAUUGAAUUAAUGACACCUGUUCAUCCUAUGUUAGCUGAAGCAUGUAAAUCUGUUGAUUAUGCAUUUAAAAAAUGUAAAAAUACAAUAUUAGCCGAAAUUAAAUAUGAUGGUGAACGUUUACAAUUACAUAAAAAUAAAAAUAAGUUUGAAUUUUUCAGUCGAAAUUUGAAAUCGGUUCAACAACAUAAAGUACAAGAUUUAAAUAAAUAUAUUACUGAAGCAUUUCCAAAAGCCGAUGAUCUUAUACUAGAUGGUGAAAUAUUAUUAAUCGAUAUCAAAACGAAAAAACCACUACCAUUUGGAACAUUAGGUGUACACAAAAAAGCAAAAUACAGCGAGGCGAAUAUUGCUUUUUUUGUAUUUGAUUGUUUAUAUUUCAAUGGUGAAUCAUUAUUGGAUUUACCGUUGAAAGAACGACGUACUAUCUUGACAAAACAUAUGUCACCGAUUGAAAAUCGUAUACUUAUAUCCGAACAAAAAUUAGUCACAAAAAAAUCAGAAUUGCAAACAUUAAUCAAUUAUGCUAUUAGCGAAGGAUUAGAAGGUUUGGUAUUAAAAGAUCCAGAGUCAUUAUAUGAGCCGGGUAAACGUCAUUGGUUAAAAGUGAAAAAAGAUUAUUUACUAGAAGGUGCAAUGGCUGAUACAUGUGAUCUUGUUGUAUUGGGUGCUUAUUAUGGAACGGGUAAAAAAGGUGGUUUAAUGUCUGUAUUUCUAUUGGGAUGUUAUGAUCAAACAAAACAGCAAUGGUGUACAGUUUGUAAAUGUGGUAAUGGAUUUGAUGAUGCAAAAAUUGAUCAAUUACAAAAAGAAUUAAAACCAAAUCUAAUUAAAAUUAGUAAAGAUAUGAAAAAAGUGCCAAACUGGUUGAAUUUAAAUCGUCAAUAUGCACCAGAUUUUGUUGUUGUUGAUCCAAAAAAAUCACCAGUGUGGGAAAUAACUGGAGCCGAAUUUUCACAAUCAAAAGCACAUACAGCAAAUGGAAUUAGUAUUCGUUUUCCACGAGUGACAAAAGUUCGUGAUGAUAAAACAUGGAAAGAGGCUACUAAUCUUGCUUAUUUAAUUAAAUUAUUUGAAAAAUCGAAACCAACCGUUAUAUUCAAAGAUGAGGAUAUGAAUGAUGAAAUAGAUGAGGAUGAAUUAGGAUUUUCGUUUAGUAAUAAUACUAAUAAUAAUAAUGGCAUCGAUGAAAAAUCGUUAAAACGAUCAGUGGAUGAUGUGGAAACUAGUGAAGUUUCAAAAAAAAAAGCAGUAGCAACAAAUAAUGGUAAUUCUUCAAUGGUAACAUGUAGUUUUCCAACACUAUUUGACGCCUACGUCUUUUAUUUAUCAUCAACAAUAUCUGCUGAUGAAAAGGCAAAUUUAACUCGAUUUAUAAAUGCGUUUGAUGGUGAUAUUAUAAAUGAUGAAAAUGAAUAUGAAAUGAUUACACAUUAUGUUGGUAAAAAGGAUAAAAACUAUAACAAAAUUGAACAAAGAACAAAAUUUCAACAUAUUCAAACGGAUUAUUUAUGGGAUUGCAUCAAAAAUAAAAAAAAAUUAUAA